AUGGCAUUCGAGUCCGGCACAGCCUACCCAGAAUCUGAUGCGGAUGACGAGUACGAGAGAAGUGUGCAUAACAGUUCCCCAGUCCCCGCCAACGAUUCAGAGGAUUCCGACGGUCUUUCCUCCAAUGAGCAUACCCCGACUACAUACGGCAACCAUGGCAUCGGGGAGAGUUUACCGGAGGCUAUCAUAACGUGCUGGACCGAGGAAGAUUGCGCCGAAUUCGUACGUAGUCUGGGACUGCGGCUGUAUGAAGAAAUAUUCUUAGAUGGUGGGAUCACUGGAGAUGUACUGGUAGCAUUACACCAUAAAGAUUUAAAAGAUAUGGGAAUAACGAGUGUGGGGCAUCGACUUACAAUUCUCAAGAACGUUUACGACAUCAAGAUCAAGCAGGAUGUGCCUGUAGAGAGUGAUGAUUAUGUGCCACUGUCAGCAGACGCCGAGGCACAGUAUGCCACCGCAACACUCAAAGAUAUCAAAUAUCUUGUCGAGCAAUUAAGAUUACGAGAUGAACGAAUGAGCAUCGCAGAAAUGGAAUUACGCAGGCUAACUGCUGAGUAUACUCGAUUGCGGGAGGACCUUUUACCAGUGUUUCGGAUGGCGAAAGAAGGACAACCGUUACCAUACCACCCUCCUGGAACCAGCAAUCAAAGCUCAUAUUCUUACGAUAACAACAAUACGCUGUCACCUCCUGCACCAACGCCUUCUUCAAGCCAAUCAGGACUUUCGCGAAAGUUCUCAACCAAAAAGCUCUUUUUAGAAUCAACGCCAAAAAAUGCAUCUCCUACAUUCAAUUUACAAUCCAACCAUGAUAGGUCUAUGAUGGAACAAGCUCUCGACCCUGCAAACGCUGCCGAGCGGGCAGUCCUCUCUUCAUCGCACCUCAGCGCUACGAACAGCGGCUCGCAAUCACUGUCUCCUGGUCAACCUUCGCCAACUUCCCCUCCUCCCAGUCAUUUGAGUGGAUCCACUUUGGCCUCACGUUCAUACCGAUCGGAUCAACAACCUACUCCAGGCCGCAGCACCUUCCCUCAAAACGAUAACGACCAGUAUCCUCCAUCUACAUACUCCCGCGAUAGUACCAAACCAGCACCUUCACGGCGAGCCCAAACACCUGCUAUUGAACCACCUUCUGGUGGCGGUGGUGCUUCAGUCGAAAUAUUCAAAUCAUUCCGUGUCAGUAUGGAAGACCCAUGCUACAAGGUCUUGCCUGCUGCUUUGAAAAAAUACAACAUUAAUGCGCCGUGGGAACAAUACGCUUUAUACAUUGUCUAUGGGGACAAGGAAAGAUGUUUGGGCAUGGAAGAGAAGCCUCUGAUUCUAUUCAAACAAUUAGACAAGGAAGGCAAAAAGCCUAUGUUUAUGCUGAGGAAGAUUAGCCCCAAUACAGAGCCUGGAAUACAAGACGUUCCUGGAAGUGCAGGUCUAGACGGUAGAAAUGGUGGUCGUGGUGGAAACAACUCUAUAUACGACCCCCCUGGUGGCAUUAUAUGA